AUGAUAGCGGACGCGCAGCAGAGUCCGACCUUCCUGGUCAGAGUCAAGAGGCGAUUCGCCACCGCGAAGCGGGCGGUCGUCAGGUUCACGAAGAAGACGGUAUCGUACAUCGGCUGGGUGCUGUGGAUAGCGGGGACGGCGGCUGUGACCCUCGUCGGCCCGGUCAUGUUCCACUACGACAAGGAGUGCCAGCUUCUCGAGAUGCAGCACCAGAUGCUGCAGGCGCAGCAGGCUGCGAACGCGCCCGUGUUGAACUAA